AUGCGCCUGGAAGAUUCAAUUCACCACGGCUCUGAAGUGACCCAGUCUCAUCAACCUCAGCAAUCCCGGAGCAGUGCCACGUCUAGUCCCACCGAGGGCAGAAAUCAAAUAUCCGUUCCUCAGAAGCGUGGAGUGAAUCCGCUGCUGUACAACGAUUUGGACUAUUCGGGCAAUUCCAUCCCCCAUGGGGGCUUGUGGGAUGACAUUAACGGACCUCCACUAGCAUCAUCGUCAUCGGCCGGAAGACUACCCCUCGCUGCGCUUUUCCCCGAUCCAGGCAGCGAUAGCCAAAUGAGAAAUUAUGACCUGUUGGCCAGUUUGCUUGGUCCACCGCCAGCGCAAACCUUCUACGGCGAUCCGAUUACACCAUCCGUCAACUAUCCCUACGUGUAUGGCCUUGGCUAUGGCGAUAGAAGCAAACGGAUGGCCAGUUCGAGCGAAAGAAACCCUCCGCAGUCGCUAAGACUAAAGCGCAGCCCAUCCAAGCUAACCCCAGCCGACGCUCUGUCGCUGCUGGCACUGCUAGAGUCCCGUGAUCCGUAUCCCGCGAUGUCCGGCUACUUCCCGCUCGUGCCAGCGAACGGUCCAAACGACGUGCUGCCCUACUCGCCCAACUCGGUCUAUCAGGACAUUCCCCUUUCCCUGGCAUUGGCUCAGCUCGGUGGCGGCGGCGGCGGUGGUGGUAGUCUGCAUACUUCCAGAAAUGUUGCACAGUUGGCACCCUACAGCGAUGACGAGGGUGAAUGGAUGAACACGUGGACCGAGCCUGCCGUUGACUAUCUGGGCUUCCCGAUGGACGUUGACACACUUUCCCGGCUGGACCAUCGCGACACGAAGCCCUCAAAGAAUGGAUUCCCCCAUCAGAAGCGAUUUAUGAUUGCAAAGAAGAAACGCAGCGUGAGCUUCAACGACAAUGAUGACUGCAACAAGAACGAAAACAAGAAAAGCUGUCUGCUGCGAAAGUACGGUCAACUGGCAGCCGCCAAAGUCGCCACAGCCUAGACGGUAAUCGAACCUACUGGCAACUCUCACCCGGACACAGACACUAUGUACAUAUAUACGGGAAAUUGAAAAAGGAAACAUAUCCGGACUGAAUCGUGAUUAGGACGUAUAUGCUUUUGUAAACAAACAGAUCAAUCGCAGAUUUCUUGCGGAUAAAAGCUCAAUCUCAUUCAUCUACCUGUUUGACCUGUUAGUUUCCGAGAUUGAGCUUUAUUCGCAAGAAAUCGCCGAUUGACGUGUUUGCUUACAACAGCAUGUACGCCCUAAUCAUGAUGCAGUUCGGAUAUAUGAAAAAAAAUGCAGCCUUUAUAAUGCGAGACGAAGGGAAAACGGCUCUGCAGAAAACCGGAGUCGGACCACCCUUCCGAACGCUGCCCUACGCUGCGAUACAGGACGGGAUUAACGGUAACCAGCAUCGCAUCAACGGAAACUGAAUUAUGAAUUUAUCAAUAUCAUUAUUAUUGUGAAGAUACGGAUAGCAAAAUUGUUUCCUCGUAUGUUCGUUGAACAAAUAUACUCAUAAACAUACAUUGGGAAUGGAAUAACAUUACAUUGUCGAAAUAAAAAUUGUAAUCAACAUUA